ACUCCUUACCACGGGGGGCACGGAGAGCUCGCCGGCCGCCGCGAUGGACGCAGGCGGCCACGGACUGACGGCGGACACGUACAACGACUUCCUCUUCGGCGGCGACGCGGGCGCGGUCACGGACGCGACUGGCGUUCUGGGGACCAUCGCGGCCAAGAUGCCGGCGUCUUUCGCCGGCACCCACGACGCGGAGUUGCGGCAGCUGGGCAUGGAUUUCGGAAGCGCCAUCCGCCACUUCCACAGCAGGCCUCUGCCGCAGGGGUCCAUGCACGAGGGCCCGCAGGUGAUGUACCCCUACGGCGAGGGCCCCGAAGCCGCCGGCGACCUGAUGAAGCGCUACACCGCGAUGCUCCAGCACCAGGCGGACAGCCCGCUGGCAAGCCACCUGGACGUGCCCGUUCCCGACGACGCUCCCCUCUGGUGGGAGGGCGCGCGCGGGGCGGUGGGCCUCAGCGGCGGCACCGAUGCCGCGGCCGGGACGGCGGGGACGGCGGCCGGGCUGAAGGUCGCCAAGGCCGGGGUGCUCGUCGCCGCCGGCAGCCUCUUUUCUAAGCUGCUCGGCCUCGGCCUCCUCGGCUACGUGGCGGCGCAGGCCAUGGACGCGGUCGCCGGCAAGCCGCCGAAGGCGGAGGAGGAGCACGCGACGCAGGCGGGCCCCGUGCGCGAGCCGGUCGGGGCCGCGCCGCCGGGCGAGGCGGCGGUCGCGGCCUGAGGCCGCGUGCGUUGCGGCAUCGACGGACGCAGCACGCUGACCAUCCCCUGAGAUCCAGGCGCCUGCAGGGCUUCAGAGGAGGCCGAGGUGCCGCCCUGCUCGUCCCGGAGAGUCCUCGUCGGCACGGCAGGCUUCUCCGUGAAGUUCUCGCCAGAACGCAUCCGGGGAGAGGUCCGGGGAAUGCCCCCCGACCUUCCGCGCUCCCCGAGAUCUGGGCGCUGCAGCUUGUUCCUUCUGUUCGUUUGCGCCCGCCCUCGGGCUCCAGGGCCAUGCCAGAUCGAUGCGGCUCGAAAAGUGCGCAGGAAGGUGGAGUCCAAGGCUUUGGCUUCGCACCGUCAGAUCCCAG